AUGAAUCCAUGUGCUCCAAGUUAUCCGAUGGCCUCGUUGUACGUCGGAGACCUUCAUCCAGAUAUUACCGAGGAAAUGCUAUACGAGAAAUUCAGUCCUGCUGGCCCAAUAGUCUCCGUACGGAUUUGCAGGGACGCGAUGAUCCUCCGCUCACUUGGAUACGCAUACGUGAACUUUCAGCAGCAGGCAGAUGCUGAGCGUGCUUUGGACACUAUGAACUUUAACAUCAUCAAAGGCAGGCCUGUGCGAAUUAUGUGGUCCCAGAGAGACCCCUCUCUGAGGAAGAGUGGAAUUGGCAACAUCUUCAUCAAGAACCUUGACAAGUCUAUUGACAGCGAAGCUCUUUACGACACAUUCUCUGCCUUUGGGAACAUCCUUUCCAGCAAGGUGGUGUGUGACGAGAAUGGCUCUAAGGGCUACGGCUUUGUGCACUUUGAGACCCGUGAGGCUGCGGAGAGAGCAACUGAGAGACUUAAUGGCAUGUUGCUCAAUGACCGCAAAGUGUUCAUUAGCCACUUCAAGUCUCGCAAGGAGCGUGAGGCUGAGAUGGGGGCCAGGGCCAAAAAGUUCACCAAUGUGUACAUCAAGAACUUUGGAGAGGACAUGGACGACGACAAGCUGAAGGAGAUCUUCAGCAAGUUCGGCCAAACGCUGAGCAUUCGCGUCAUGACCGACGAGAGCGGCAAGUCCAAGGGCUUUGGCUUUGUGAACUUCGAGAGGCAUGAGGAUGCCCAGAGGGCUGUGGAUGAGAUAAAUGGGAAGGAGCUGAAUGGGAAGAAGGUGUAUGUGGGUUAUGCCCAGAAGAAAGGCGAGAGGCAGACAGGGCUGAAACGAAAGUUUGAGCAGAUGAAGCAGGACGGUAUGACUCGCUACCAGGGAGACAACCUGUACGUUAAGAACCUAGACGACGGUCUGGACGACGCGCGUCUACGUAAGGAGUUCUCUCCGUUCGGGACCAUCACAAGUGCCAAGGUGAUGAUGGAGGGCGGCCGCUCCAAAGGGUUUGGCUUCGUGUGUUUCUCCUCGCCGGAGGAGGCUGCCACGGCGAUAACGGAGAUGAAUGGGCGCGUUGUAGGCACCAAGCCGCUGUACGUGGCUCUGGCGCAGCGCAAGGAGGAGCGGCAGGCCCACCUCUCCAACAAGUACAUGAAGCGCACGGCCAGCGUGAGUGCCUUGCCCAACCUCGUGCUCAACCCCUACCAGCCUGCCCCGCCCUCCGGCUACAACAUGGAAGCCAUUCCACAAGCUCAGAACUGGCCUGCCUACUGCGCAAGCAGCCAGCUGGCACAACUCCUCCCCAGCCCUUGCUGGGCCAUGCAGUGCGUCCACCCACAGCAAGUCCAGGAUAUGCCGAGUGCCAUCGGUCCAGCCGCAUCCUGCCCGCAGGCCUUCAGCGCCAUCCGACCAACCACCGCCUGCCAGGUCCCACGCACGAUGGCCUAUCAGACCAUGGCAUCUGAGGCUCCGGGGACAGGGAUGGCCAGCGCGGAAGCUGCCAACAAGGCGUCGCUGGUGAGAGCAGUACCACAGUACAAAACCACCUCAGGCGUUCACAGCCCACAGCAACACCUGGGCACACAGCCCUUAGAUAUAAAUCUCCAGGUGCCCGUGCAGCUGGCUGCGGUCCAUGUGCAGGGUCAGGAACCUCUCAGUGCCUCCAUGCUGGCUGCUGCACCUCCACAGGAGCAGAAGCAGAUACUGGGUGAGCGUCUGUUUCCCCUGAUCCAGAACAUGCAGCCCACCCUUGCAGGGAAGAUCACGGGUAUGUUCCUGGAACUGGACAACUCGGAGCUACUGCAUAUGCUGGAGUCUCCUGAGUCUCUGCACCCUAAGGUGGAUGAGGCAGUCGCUGUGCUCCAGGACCAGUGCGCGCAGGAAGCCGCUCAAAAAUCUUUAACCGGUGCUGCGGUUCUGGCUGUCUAA